GGGAUAAGAAGACGCAAAGAAUAGAAGAAAGAAAAUAAUCUAAAGAACAGAAAAAGACUUAAAGAAGAAAGUGAAAGGCCGAGGGAGUCGUUGCUCAGUUGGGAACCCAUCCAGCAGGCUGCAGUUCAGUCAGUUCAGAGACUUCAGUUUGUGUCCAAGUGAACGGACCAAACCAGUGUGACUGCGCGUCUACUGGGAGGACGGACUGGUUUCUACCCGCAGUGAGCAGACUGCCAAACACCAUGGCUGACAGUGUGAACGAGGAGUCGGAUUAUAACCCGGGGAAAGAUGAGCUGGACUGGGGCUACGAGGAAGGUGUAGAAUGGGGACUCCAUUUCCCAUCAGCCAACGGCGAGUACCAGUCUCCCAUUAACUUGAACUCCAGGGAGGCUCAGUAUGACCCGUCUCUCCUGGACGUGGGCUUAUCACCAAACUACGUGGUGUGUCGAGACUGUGAGGUCAUCAAUGACGGACACACCGUCCGCAUCAUUCUCAAGUCCAAGUCAGUGGUUACCGGCGGUCCGUUGCCUAGUGAUCAUGAAUACGAGCUUCACGAGGUUCGGUUCCACUGGGGCAAGGAGAACCAGAGAGGAUCAGAGCACACUGUCAACUUCAAGGCUUUCCCUAUGGAGCUACAUCUGAUUCACUGGAACAGCACUCUGUUCAACACUUUGGAGGACGCUCUUGGGAAGAAGAACGGAGUCCUCAUCAUAGCUCUUUUCGUGCAGAUCGGUAAGGAGCACCUGGGUCUGAAGGCCAUCACUGAAGUUCUACAGGACCUGCAGUACAAGGGAAAGAGCAAGAUAAUCCCCUGCUUCAACCCCAACACUCUGUUGCCUGACCCUUUACUGAGAGACUACUGGGUGUAUGAAGGAUCUCUGACCACACCACCUUGUAGUGAAACUGUGACCUGGAUCCUCUACCGCUACCCUCUCACCAUCUCACAGUUACAGAUCGAGGAGUUUCGGAGGCUGCGGUCCCAUUUCAAAGGGGCGGAGCUACUAGAAGGGAACGAUGGGAUGUUGGGGGACAACUUCCGUCCCACCCAGCCGCUCAGUGACCGGACGGUUCGCGCUGCCUUCCAGUGAUCUUCGCUUCCCACUGCCGACUCAGAAGAACUGUGGCACCUACAAAUACAAGAAGGGGAGCAGGAAGACGAGGUGUGAGGAGAGGAAUGGAACUAGAGGGAGACUGAAGGUGGACAAAGAAACUAUUGAUUGACUUUUGUGUGUGUGUGUGUGUCCUUUUCUGCAUCACCUCUCUCCCCCUCUUAUUCUUACUGUAUAUGUGUAACAUCCUCCCUGUGUCUCUGUGUGUCCUGAUUAGAUGAUAGGAGGCUUUACAGCCAUCUCUGCUGUCAAAACAAGAGCAAGCAUGAGCCACAGAUGUAUCUGAACACACACACACACACACAUUCAAAAACUCAAUGUACCGUGAGACAGACUAACACACCUGCAUAGCUGCAUCCACGUUACGUGGAUCCACCAGGCCGUCGCUAUGUGCUCCAGACUAAAUGUGUUGUAGUAAAGCUGCUACAACACACAGUUUACACACUGUUUUUCUAACCUGAAUAUUUUGUUUUGAUGAAAGGGAAACGUGUUUAUAUUAAAAUACAUUUACGAAUCAUAGUUGUAGUCGACAAAAUUGCCAUUAAUGUGCCGGCAAAUUCCGUCCGUCUUAGUUCAAUCAGCACUCAAACAUUGUCCCAAAUUAGUUUGAAAGAGAGACUGAAUAAGUAACAAACUAACAUUUUCACUAUUUACUAACCCUGUUUUGUGUCAUUGAACGUCACACCAGAAAAAGAAUAGAAAGGAGUCUGUCGCCAAUUUUUGCUGGUUUUCCCGCGUAAAAAAACAAACUGCAUAUAAGCGCUGACUUUGGUUUGAAAAGUUAUAUAACAUACAGUAUGUUAUACUUUUUUCCCUUUUUAAGCCCUUUUGCCAACCUCACCACUAGUUACCACUAAAUCCUACACACUGCUCCUUUAACGUGUCCCAUAAGGUGUAAUCGAUACCUCUUAAUUAGCUUGAUAAGACUGCUCGGUUAGGUUGUAUUCUGGUGUUGAGGUGAAUACCGGUGUGUGAGAUCUAACUCCAGCUCCUCCACAUCUUCAUCUCACCGCAGACAACAGCUUUAUUCAGACAAACUCACAUUACAUUACGUGUCCUCGGGGUAAUGAAGUCCUUCAAACUCUCAAAUUUCACACUUACCUCACCCGCUUACCUCGUGCUGUUCUCAUCGUUAGCGAUAAGUAUGUAAAGACUAGUCCACCGGACAACAAACUGGUGUCUUUGUAGUGGCUUUAUCCUCUAGGCUCCCCCUCCAGAUUCUCCAUGACAGUGUUGAUAGUCCCUGAGCCAGUUUAUUGUCUUAAGAAUGUAGUGUUGAACACUUUUCUCCUUUUUUAAAUAAAAACAGUUCUUCACAAACUUUGGACUAUUAGCAGCUUUAAAUGGCAUUGACAUCAGUCGAACACUACUCUCGUCACCCCCUUCGUAUUGUUUCAGUAGCGGGGAGGGUUACAAGCACUGCUUUUGUGUGUGCGUGUGUGUGUGUAGGUCGUAUUACCCCAUUCCCACCUGGCAUUAUAAUGUGAUCUGAUUCUGGACAACGUUUUCUGGAUAAGGAAAAACCAAGCAGUACCCUCUGGUGCUGAUAAAUGAAGCCAAAAAGUGUGAAUCCCUCAAAUGGCCACUCGAGGCUCCAAAAGAAAGUCAAUCCCUGCAGACCUCCAUGUUAAUAACAGGCGGCAACCUCCGGUUCAGCUGAGUGAAACCAAUGCGGAAGUGUCUUGCAUUCUCUCUGCUGACCAGCA